UCCUUCCUCCUUCCCUCGCUAGCUCUCUCGCCCGCCCGCGCCUUUCCUGUCUGCCUGCGUCACCGCGGCCGCCAUGGCUGAGAAUGGCGAGAGCAGCGGCCCCCCGCGCCCCUCCCGCGGCCCUGCAGCGGCCCAAGGCCCUUCCUCUGCCUCGGCAGAGCCCAAAAUCAUCAAAGUCACUGUGAAGACUCCUAAAGAGAAAGAGGAGUUCGCGGUACCUGAGAAUAGCUCAGUACAGCAGUUUAAGGAAGCGAUUUCGAAACGCUUCAAAUCCCAAACAGAUCAGCUGGUGCUGAUUUUUGCCGGAAAAAUAUUAAAAGAUCAAGAUACCUUGAUCCAGCACGGCAUCCAUGAUGGUCUGACUGUUCAUCUUGUCAUCAAAAGUCAGAACCGACCUCAGGGCCAGUCUACACAGUCUAGCAAUGUCGUGGGAAGUAAUACUACCUCGGCAACGGCAUCAACUCCCAGGAGUAACUCCACACCUACUUCCACAAAUAGCAACCCGUUUGGGUUGGGAAGCCUGGGAGGACUAGCAGGCCUCAGCAGCCUGGGCUUGAGCUCCACCAACUUCUCUGAGCUCCAGAACCAGAUGCAGCAGCAGCUCCUGUCCAGCCCUGAAAUGAUGAUCCAGAUCAUGGAAAAUCCCUUUGUUCAGAGCAUGCUUUCGAAUCCUGAUCUGAUGAGGCAGCUUAUUAUGGCCAAUCCACAGAUGCAACAAUUGAUUCAGAGAAACCCAGAAAUCAGUCACCUGCUUAACAACCCAGAUAUUAUGAGGCAGACGCUGGAAAUUGCCAGAAAUCCAGCCAUGAUGCAGGAGAUGAUGAGAAAUCAAGACCUGGCUCUCAGCAAUCUGGAGAGCAUUCCUGGUGGUUACAAUGCUCUAAGGCGCAUGUACACUGACAUUCAAGAGCCUAUGCUGAAUGCUGCACAGGAGCAGUUUGGGGGUAAUCCGUUUGCCUCAGUGGGGGGCAGUUCCUCCUCCGGGGAAGGUACACAGCCUUCCCGCACAGAAAAUCGAGAUCCAUUACCCAAUCCAUGGGCGCCACCAGCGGCCACCCAGAGUUCUGCGACUACCAGUACAACCACCAGCAGUGGCAGUAGCUCCAGCAGUGCUACUGGGAACACCGUGGCCGCAGCCAAUUAUGUAGCCAGCAUCUUCAGUACCCCAGGAAUGCAGAGCUUGCUGCAACAGAUAACUGAAAACCCCCAGCUGAUCCAAAAUAUGCUGUCUGCUCCCUACAUGAGAAGUAUGAUGCAGUCGCUGAGUCAAAAUCCAGAUUUGGCUGCACAGAUGAUGCUGAAUAGCCCAGUGUUUACUGCAAAUCCUCAGCUACAAGAGCAGAUGCGUCCACAGCUCCCAGCUUUCCUGCAGCAAAUGCAGAAUCCAGACACAAUAUCAGCCAUGUCAAACCCAAGAGCUAUGCAGGCUUUAAUGCAGAUCCAGCAGGGGCUACAGACAUUAGCCACUGAAGCACCCGGACUCAUUCCAAGUUUCACUCCCGGGGUGGGAGUGGGGGUCCUGGGAACUGCCAUAGGCCCUGUAGGCCCUGUUACACCCAUAGGUCCUAUAGGGCCCAUAGUUCCUUUUACCCCCAUUGGCCCCAUUGGUCCUAUAGGACCCACUGGCUCUGCAGGGACCGCUGGCUCUGGUGGUCCCUCUGGGUCCACUGUGCCCAGCUCUGCACCCAGUGAAACUAUGAGUCCAACAUCAGAAUCUGGACCUAACCAACAAUUCAUUCAGCAAAUGGUGCAGGCUCUGGCUGGAGCAAAUCCUCCACAGCUGCCAAAUCCAGAAGUCAGAUUUCAGCAACAACUGGAACAGCUCAAUGCAAUGGGGUUUUUAAACCGUGAAGCAAACUUGCAGGCUCUGAUAGCAACAGGAGGUGACAUCAAUGCAGCCAUUGAGAGGCUGCUGGGCUCCCAGCCAUCCUAAUUACGUUUCUGUACCUUGAAAAAAGUAUCUUAUUUUUGAUAAUGGCUCUUAAAUCUUUAAAUACACAGAAUUGUGCUUUAAUUUUGAUUAUUUUAAAUCUGUCUAGUUACAAGUUCCAUAUGAUGUAUUUUAAGGUGGAGUCCAUCUCUAUCCUUUCAUUUCUCCCCCUCCCUCCCCCCUUACUUCUGUUUCCUUGUGUUCAGUGGUGAAAAUCAAUGCUGUUUCACUCAAAGGUGUUGCAUGUACAUUUCUCUUUAUUAUGCAUUUAUUGUGAUUUUAUGGAAAUAUCAACUUUCAUGUUUGGGUGAGCAAGUUUUGUCUUACAGAUGUCCAGUUUAUUUGCAUUUUAAAUAUUAGCCUAUUAUAGUAAUUUAAUGUAGAGUGAAAAAAUUAAAAGCAGAAGCAAAUUAUUGGAAUUUGCAAUAUUCAAAUGUUGCGGUACAAUAUUGCUUAUUGUGACUUUGGCAUGUAUUUUUGCUAGCAAAAUGCUGUAAGAUUUAUACCAUUCCUUUAUCUUUUUUGUGAUGCUUGUACACAGUACAGUAAGCACAACUGGAACUGCAAUUUAAAAAUCUCUGAGCAGGAUUGUGUAACCAAAAUGAGAAAGAAUAUAAGAAAUAUUUCUGGAGUUAAGUGUGUCUCACAAUUUUGUAGAAUCUUACAGCUUCUUUGAUAAACUUAUCAGUGAAAAUGUUGACUAGACAGGUUCAGUUAAAAUAUAGUAGAAAUGUUUAUCCUGGUAUCUCUUAAGUAUACAUUUAAUUGUACAGAAAACUACAGUGUGACAUUCAACAUUUGCAGAUUGACUGUGUAUGACCUUAAUCUUUGUGAAGCGUGAAGGAUCAUUGUGGUAAUGCCAGGAAAGUGCGUUUUACCUCAGCCUGCCUUCUUAGCUUCUCCGGUAAAGAGACCCUAAUAUGCAUUUUGAUUUGUAUUGGAAAUGUAAUUUUCACUGAAAGUGUCUUGUGAUGUUUGUAUUACUUUUAACUGCUAUGUGAAAAGAAAACUAUCUUUUUGACUAUCAGUUAUUCCCUUGUGCACAAGAAAAAAUGCAUUAAAAUGACUAAAAAAAAAUAAAAAAAUUAAAAAUGCAUAAAUCUUUUCCUUUUUGUCUCUGAC